AUGUUGACGACCGAUCCAUCAUUGCUUGUUACCAUCGAUCCUAAAUUAUCUAUCGGCGGUGAUACACAGGAACAAACUAGAGAAAUAAAAAAUCACGAGACAUGUGCUUCUUAUGCGCUAUCCAUACCUGCUGUGUUGAAUGACGAGAACAAUCCUGCUAAACCUAAGCUAUCUGUUGAUGAUUGUCAUUUUAAAACCUAUGCUAAACAUCGUAUUCUCCAUCGCCGUAUACAUAGCGAUCCAGUAUUUCACGUACCCAAUAAUCCAGAUAACUUUUCUCAUGUCACAUCUUCCGUUCUACUACACGAAAUCAGUUUGAAUGACAACGAGAAUUUUGCGAGUGCUUCCUACUCAUGUGAAUAUGGUUCCAGCUAUGAUUCGCGCACGAAUUCAUUCCUAUCCAUUGAACAGUCAUUACUUCCGGACAGUAAACGUCAAUCAAUAUCCAGUAAAAUCACGUUGAUAGAUGGAGAGGAAAAUCAAUUUUAUCAAUCAUCAAAAUUUCCGACAGUUUCGAACGCUGCACCAGACUGCUUGCCAUAUUCAUCGCUCUUCUGGCCCAGAAAGAAUCAGUCAUUAGAUAGUUACAUACGCGAAUGUGAUUCGCAAACGCGAACAGAUGUUGAAAAAGAAAAUGCGCAUUUCUAUUUCAGUGAAGCACUUAUAUCUGCUCUCGAAUACAUGAAAUUUAGUGAUAAAUGUAAAAAGUAUUUUGAUACAUCCGAUGAAAACGUAUUGUCAUUGAAUUCUUUUGAUUGUUCGACUCAUAAUUCAAAUUCGACUGAUUCUUCUGCGGAAAUGUUAGCAUUAGCUGUGAUGGAACCAUGGAAAGAUCAUAAAAUACCGAAUGCUUCUGAACUAUUUUGGAUGAUCCCACACGAAGCAAAAAUAGCAGACGAGCUUGUGCCAUAUGAAGAAAGUAGGACAAUGGAGCACAGCGGUGAUUAUUCUUCUGUCGAAAAUAAUGCAAAAAUAUUACGACGAGGGAACAGUCACUGGGCACCGCCACGUGAGCAAUUAAUCUUUCACAUUCACCAAUCAACAGGACGUGAAAGUCAAUUAAAAAAACAAAACCAUCUGUGUGCUGGCUGUGGGCGUGGUGUUGAAAAAGGAUAUGCUCAUCGUUUUCGAUAUUGCGAAUAUACUGGCAAAUAUUUCUGUCGCAGUUGUCAUUCCGACAAGAAGUUCUAUUUGCCAUCCUAUAUCAUUGCCAAAUGGGAAUUUUCCAACAAACAUAGUAUCUCGAAUUUUGCAUAUGAUUAUCUGAAUCGCAUCUAUAUGGAACCAAUUUUUAAUAUCUAUGAUUUAAAUACGAAAUUAUACGAAAAAAGCAAUAAACUAAGAAUGAUGAAUCAACUUCGUUGGUCCCUUUAUUUUCUGAGACAUUACAUUAUGACAUGUCGCUUUGCUAACGAACGAGGUCAUCAACAAGCAUUACAAUCGAUUCCAUCUUACAUAUAUGAACAUCCACAUACGUAUUCCUUACAGGACUUAGUUCAGACUAAAUUAGGCGAGCUACACAAGGAAUUCGAACCCAUUGUGGUGAACUUACGCGACCAUGUUCUAUCGUGUUCGCUAUGUUAUGCUAAAGGUUAUGUUUGUGAAAUAUGCCAGGAUGAUAAAAGUAUUCUGUUUCCAUUCAAUGUUCAAACGACAAGUAUCUGUCCUGUGUGUCAAUCUUCAUCGUGGUACUAUUACAUCUAUAAAAUCGAAGUGAAACUAUCGUCAAAUAAUUUCUUUAUACAUGUCAAUCAAGAAUAUUUUCUUCCGAUUUCAAUCUAA